CGUAAAUCUCCAUAAUUGUAUUAGCAUCGCUCACCCCACUAGAGCCAUCACAAGUUCCAACUUCAACCCAAACCCCAAGCUCAUCACCAAUAUCACACCCCAUCUCCUCAAUCUAGCCCCCCCAAGAUACGCCAUGUCCGAUAGACCCUCACACCGAGGCGGCCGCGGUGGCCAAGGAUCGCAUCCCCGAGGUGGACGCGGAGGCGGUCGUGGAGGAGGCGGCGCGGGAGGCGCGCAGCAGGAGCGCGAGAGACCCAAGAAGGAGAACAUUCUCGACUUGGGCAAGUAUAUGGACAAGCAGAUCACUGUCAAGUUUAACGGUGGUCGCGAGGUCAAGGGCACAUUGAAGGGCUAUGAUGCUCUUAUGAACCUGGUACUAGAUGAUGUACACGAGGUUGUUCGAGACGACGAAGGAAACGACUCGACUCGAUCCCUCGGCCUCGUAGUUGUUCGAGGUACCCUCCUUGUUCUCGUUAGCCCAGUCGACGGCAGCGAAGAGAUUGCCAACCCUUUUGUGCAAGCCGAGGAUGAUUGAGGAGCCAACUGUUGUCAAGCUGGAAACGAAUAUUACGAUAAAGGCAAACAACAAAACGUCCGACCUGGAGCUGGUUACCAUAUAUACGGCCGUGUCAAGGCUGGGCUAAAUCCAAAAAAAAACCGAGCGACACAAAUAGAUCGCCAGCUACUAGCAUGGCAUUUUGGUUUAUGUAUGGGCAUCAAAAGCAGCAUUUCACGAAAACCCCUGGCUCCAAACGUGAAAUCAUCACGUCAGCCGCCACUUCAUAGAAUAUUGUAAUGAAUGAAGGCAAUAU